AAUUUUUUCUUGUCUUUUUAUUUUUAUAUUUUUUAUUUAGUAUUUAUCUCCGAGAUGCUGCUUUAGAACGGUCGAGGCUGACUUGGGCUGGGCCCUGUCAUGUGGCAAAAGCCAAAGUGUCCUUUCGUCGUCGUUUAAUUCGUUGCAGGCGACUUUUUUGAGUUGAUGCCGUCAAAUCUACCUUUGAUCGAGCCCCAUUGGACGAUUUGAGGGGGUAAUGGAAAAAAAAAUAAGCAUACAUUUUGAGAAAACCGGAGACCCAGCCAAGCCCAACGCGUGCGUGUUGCGAACCACCCCCUCCCACGCCAAGCCUAUAGAUCAUCCUUUCAAUACCCAUCCACAUUUCUCGAUAAUUUCUACGCGCCCCAUCUGUUUCCAUUGCACGGACGAGGAGGUGCCAAGACUGACAAAGAGUCAAAGGGGAAAUCGGAACAAGAUGAAAAUCGUGAAGGGAAAAAAAAAGGCGAGUAGAGAAAUAGAUACUACACCCUUGAUCGCCGGCUGCACGCAUAAUGCAGGCAUUUCCCGAAUUGGACUGGAAUGCAUUGUAUCACUCCCAUUUUACUUCCGCACUUUUCUCCCCGGCUCUUGGAAGAAUUCAAACAAUAAAGAUAACCAACUUGAUUUCAACGGCAACUUGCCGAUCAGUAAUGGAGUAGGGUGGCCUAGGCCAGCUGGACCAGCCAGGGCGAGUUUGAUUUGUGUCUCGCUGAUCACGUUCCACCCGCCGGAUAAGCACAGCAAAGUACGCUGUACAAUAGGGAAAGAAGAGACGGGACCCAAAAAAAAAAAAAAAAGAAAGAGAGAAAAAAAAAAGGGUGUUAUCCCAAGCCCAUCCACCUGGCCUCCAUCUGGUCCGACGUGCCGGUUAGGCCGUGCUGCCCUGUUCUCCCCCGGCAUUACGCGCGAGAUUGGAAACCGAAGGUACGGAAAGUGGGAGACAGGCGUGACAAGGGUGGACAAAGAAUUUAUCGGCUAGGUUCCGAAGGUACGUGAUGUAAGAUGCCCCAGAUAGCGAAGUUACGAAGUUACUUGCUCCUUUUUUUUA